CUUUUAAUUUCACUUCCUUUUCUUCAUAUUUCAUUUUCUUUCUUCAAUAUUAAAAUUUACGAAGAAAAAUUCAAACCUUUUCUUGAUCUAUAUCUUUAUACUUAUAGAAAUACAUCAUAUAUAUAUAUUUAAUUACUAUUGUGCUUAAUUUUAGUAUAAAAAAUAAUAAUAAAUCUUGGGUUUUGUAUAAAUCUUGUUUUUGAAGUAUACCCAUUAAAAAAGAUUGAAUCUUUUUGAAGAAAUAUUGGUGGGUUUAAAAUUUAAUGAUAUAGUUUGAUGAUGGCGGCUGAAGACUUGAUUGAAGUCAAAUUUAGGUUAGCUGAUGGCAGUGAUAUUGGACCAGGCAAAUAUAGCUCUGUUACAACUGUUGCAUCUUUGAAAGAGAAAAUUAUUUCACAAUGGCCUAAAGACAAUGAAAGUGGGCCUAAAACAAUAAACGAGAUGAAGCUCAUCAAUGCUGGAAAGAUUUUGGAGAACAACAAAACUCUUGCUGAAUCAAGAUCCGUGGUCAGUGAAAUUCCUGGGGGUGUUAUCACUAUGCAUGUUGUCGUCCGCCCUCCAAUGGCUGAUAAAAACAAUGAAAAGUUGCAGGACGGCACCCCGAAAGAGAGCAGCUGUUCCUGCACCUGCACCAUCCUGUGAAGUACAUUGGUUCCAAAUUACAUAUCAGAAGCUAUGCUUAUCAGAUGGCAGCGGAUGAAAGAAUAUUGGGAGAGUUUAUAUCUUUUUUAAUAUAAUUGGUUGAACCUUUUUCUCAAAUUCUAAAACAGAAAAGUUGAAAGAAUAUACGAUUUAAUGCUAGUAAAUGGAGCAAUAUAUAAACUUUGUAGAUCAAAAGAAAAGGAUACAAAAACUUAAUAUUUGUUUUGAGUUUGAUUUAAUUUGUUAUAUAUGAUAUUUAUAGAUUUCAUUCCAA